AUGGAGUCGGUGGAGGGGGUGGCGCGGACGCUGCUCAGCUUCGGGCGGUUGUCGCGGGGGCUGCCGUUUGGGCGGGCGCACGGCCUUAGCUCUAGGGAUCCGCUGCUCCCGCUGGCGCCGCGCUCCCAGGAAAACGCAGAUCCCCAGAGAACAGCGUUUCUGCUGCGCAAGCAGUGGACCUUGUACAGCGUGACCCCUCUGUACCGAUUCUCUAACGCUCACCUGAGGGAUUACGCGAGGCUGCUUAGUUCCUUUAUCGCUGCCGAGAAGCAGAAGGGAUUGGCGGUGGAAGUAGGGGUUGAGCUGGACAUCAAAGUGUCUGUCUCCAGCCUCCCAUACCUGAAAGGUAGUGACCAAGACCAGGCUGCGAUUCUCGUGCAGCUUUCUUCAAGAUCACCAGCUUCCCCAAAAAACUCAGAAGAGAAACUGAUAUGGUCAGGCUGGUUCUGCUGUGUGUCUGGAGACGAUCUUUCCAAGAAUGUGCCAGAGGACUUCACUUGUUUACCUCUGUUUCUUGUUAAUGGGGCAGAGUGUUACACGUCCAUUGUUGGAAGUUGGUUUCAGAAGACUUUUGACUGCUCCUUCCGCCGCUUAGCCAUCAGCCCUCUCAUUCUCAGUUGGAUGGCAGCUAUGUGGACUGGAUGCAAAGUGGACAAAACUGCAUCUGCCAUGGAACUCGUUUUCUCUGUCCCCUGUCUGCCCCAGCCUCUGGAUAUUUCAUAUGCCAUUCAUCCAGAGGAUGCAAAAGCUCUGUGGGACACAGUCCAAAAAACUCCAGGGGAGAUCAUUCAAGAAGAGGUGGAUGUCUUUAUGGACUGCCUUUACUCUCACUUCCACAGACACUUUAGGAUCCACUUGUCAGCUACAAAACUGGUGAAAGUUUCUACAGCAAUUGCCUCAGCACACUGUGAUGGGAUUAUAAAGUUUCUACAAAGCCAAUACCUAACUGGAGUGUUGAUGCUACUGACAGAACUAGCAAUCUCUCAGAUAGAGUGA